AUGAAGACCAGAGCCGUUAACUUGGAUAUUCCUCACCGAGAAUUAUUACCCUUAAAAGUGAAUAAGUGUAAGCAAAAGGAGUAUGAAUCAAAUAUAACGCAUUUGCUUCAUUAUUGCGUGAUAUUGACCCUCGUGGCGUGGAAGAGAGGAAACGGCAACUUUUGCUGGCACCUUGACGGAUAUGAUAAAUUGAAACCGUUUGGGUUUUCAAUACACGGAGGGAUUGACGGUUUCAGUCAAAAAAUUCUAUGGCUUGAGGUACAAAGGUCAAAUAAAAAUCCUAAAGUCAUUGCAAAAUACUUUUUGGGCUAUAUCGAAGUUGCCAAAGGUUGCCCUGCACGAGUUUACAACGAUCUUGGAACUGAAAACGGUCUUGUUGCAGGCAUACAAUGCUAUCUACGUGCCGAUGGAUUUGAUCAAUACUCGGGAACCAACGCUCAUAAAUACGUUCCGAGUACAAGCAAUCAAAGAAUUGAAUGUUUCUGGUCUUCUUACAGGAAACAACGUUCAAGCUGGUGGAUUGAUUUUUUCAAUGAUUUGUAUGAAUCUGACAUUCUCGAUCUUGCAAGCGAGAUUCACAGAGAAGCUUUGUGGUUUUGUUUUUCUGAUCUGCUUCAAAGUGACUUAGACAAAGUUAAAGAGUAUUGGAAUUCUCAUCGAAUUAGAAAGUCCAAACAUGCCACAUUUUCUGGUGUCCCUGAUGUUGUGUACUUUUUGCCAGAAGAUUAUGGACAAACUGAUUGUUUGCAGUAGGUUUACCCUCGAAAGCUCUCAGAAAUGAAAGACACAGUGAACGCUGCUUUAGUACAAGAUGACCUAGUUUGGGAAGACUACUUCACUUAUGUGAUGGACAAUAAUAGCCUGUCACAACCAGCUACUGUUAAAGAAGCAGGUGUGCUUUUUCAGUCUCUGGUAAACUAUGCCAAAUGAAGCAAAGAGAAUGAAAACUAGCAAGGUCACUAGGAAAACAUGGCAUUGAUACAUUGGUAGAUCAUAUCAUCUUUUGGUAAGUACUGUUGCAGAUGCCAACAGACGCCUACAUGUAUAUGCCUUGAGGAAACUUAAGAAAUGUGGUGUUCCCCCAACUGAUAUCAUCCAAGUUUACUGCUCAUUGAUCAGAUCAACGCUGGAAUAUGCAGCCCUGGUUUUUGCUAACCUACCCAGUAUCUCUCGGAAGACGUUGAACAUGUACAGAAAUGUGCCCUGUC